AUGGACCCUAUGUGCAUGUUAACGGGCUUUCUCAUUGAGAAGUCCGAUGUUUAUAGUUUUGGCAUGAUUCUUCUUGAACUUCUGGCCAGGAAAAGAUCCAUAGACUGGUCCCGUGACAGAAAUCAGCAAUCCUUACUAGUAUGGGUGAAAGACUCUAUUGAAAAUGAUCAAUUCAAUGAAUUUGUGGAUCCAAGAAUUCUGAAAAACAAAGGAGGAAUUGAGCAAGAACAACAAUUACAAGUUGAAUGCCUAAUUUUUGUUAAGAAGUAUGAUGAUCCUAACGGUCAUCUGCAUUCCAAUGAAGUCAAGUCCUUUGCUAUUCGUGGCCUAGUGGUUACAACAUUGAUGAGUAAUCACAAGAAUGUUUUAAAGCUAAUAGGUUGUUGCCUAGACUUUGAAUUUCCAGCUUCGGUGUAUGAAUGCACGGGGAGUAUUGAAUCAUUAGCCAACCGCUUGUAUGAAAGAAAAGGAGACAUUAUGGAGAAUACUGGGUUACUAAUGUGGAAAAGUAGGCUAAAGAUCGCAUAUGACAUUGCUUAUGCCAUUGUUUACAUGCAUACUGCGUUUUUAACACCCAUCAUUCAUAGAGACCUUGCACCAGGUCAUAUUAUCAUAAACCAAUUUGGCGUUGCUAAACUGAUAGAUUUCUCAUUAUCUAUACCAAUUCCUCCUGGUAAAAAGCAGGUGGAAGACCUGGUAAUCAGGACAUAUGGAUAUGCAGAUCCUGAGUACGUGCACACAGGCAUUCUUACUGAGAAGUCCGAUGUUUGUGGUUUUGGCAUGAUUCUUCUUGAGCUUUUGACUAGGGAAAAAGCAUAUGACAAUAAACGUGGUAAUAAUCGUGAACUUCUAAAUAAUUGCGUGGAAGACUAUGUAGACAAUGACCAGUUCAAUGAACUUGUUGAUCCUAGAAUUCUGGAAGGAGGAACCGUGCAAGAGCAACAAUUUCAAGUUGUAAUAGCACUUGCCUUGAGAUGCACUCAAGAAAAUAGAGAAGAUAGGCCAGAAAUGAUUUAUGUGGCAAAAGAACUCAGACGAAUACUCAAGUCUAUUAGCACCUCGUUACCUCAACAAUAA